UGGCUGCCGCGUCACGAUGGCCGCCAUAUUGAGUGUGUCAGGCUUCCUCUGCUCCAAAGUUCAUGUUAAAGCCGAUUUUUCUACCUUCGGAGCCGUUUUUGGAGCCUUCUGGGCACAGUCCACCCAACUUAACCCGUCUCAAGCGGUGGUUUCAGGCUCCAGGCUUCAAGGCGCAGGAACCUCGGAUGGCGCAGGAGACGCGGAAGUCUUUUGGGCUGCCGACCCCGUGCAUCCUUGGCAUCGAUCUGGGUACCACGUCCGUCAAAGUGGUCCUGGUGGAAAAAACAAGCGAGGGCCCAUCCCUGGUAGCCAGCUGCACCAAGCCAUUGCAAGCGGAUGUGCCCAUCAAAGAUGCUCAGUUGCGGGAGAGUGAGCAGGAUGUCCACGGAAUCAUUGACGCUUUGAACGCCUGUCUGGUGACUCUUUCUCCGGCUGCUACACGAAGAGUUUGCUGCAUUGGCAUUUCUGGACAAAUGCACGGGGUGAUGUUUUGGGAAGCUGGAAAAGGCGGCACAUGGACCGAAAGUGGAGGCAGGUGGGCUUUUCAGCCGGACAAAGUGAGUCACCUCAUCACCUGGCAAGAUGGCCGCUGCGGCCCCAAUUUCCUCUCUUCCCUCCCGGCGCCUCAUUCGCAUCUCAGUGUGGCUUCCGGCUACGGCUGCGCCACCAUCUUCUGGCUCUCGAAGAACAGGCCAGAUUUCCUGGCACCCUACACCACUGCUGGAACAAUCCAGGACUACGUCGUGGCUAUGCUUUGCGGCCGAGAGAAGCCACAGAUGUCGGUGCAAAACGCUGCCUCCUGGGGAUACUUCAAUACCCUGGAAAAAUCCUGGAAUACGAAACUUUUGGAAGAUUCUGGCUUUCCCAUCCUCUUGCUCCCUGAAGUGGUUGAUUCUGGAGAUCUGGCUGGGGAAACCUGCCGGGCGUGGCACCAGAUCUCGGCUGGGACCAAGGUCGGGGUAGCCAUGGGAGAUUUCCAGUGCUCGGUGUACUCUUGCAUGUCUGAAAACAGCGACGCAGUUCUCAACAUCGGCACGUCUGCCCAGUUGGCCGUCGCCAUGCCCCCCGAGUUCCAGCCUCAGGAGUCACCCGAUUCAAAUUCCCCUGUCCAAUAUUUCCCGUAUUUCGACAACCGCUACCUGGCCGUGGCUGCUUCGCUUAAUGGCGGGAACGUGAUGGCGACGUUCGUGAAGAUGGUGGUCGGAUGGAUGGCCGAACUAGGGAUCGAAGUCUCAGAAUCGGCUCUCUACCAGCCGAUGAUCAACGCCGGGCUGACCCACGCCGACAGCCGUCUCCACAUCUGCCCCACCGUCUUCGGAGAAAGGCACGCGCCCUCCCGCCUGGCAUCGGUGACAGCGAUCGCGGCCUCCGAAAUUUCCUUGGGGCACGUCAUCCGGGCUUUGUGCCGGGGGGUGGUCCGAAACCUGCACACCAUGCUCCCCUCCGAGGCCUUGAAGGACACCGGGGCGAAGCGGAUCGUGGCCAGCGGAAGCGGGCUCUGCCGAAACGAGGUGAUGAAGCAGGAAGUGGAGGAGGCCUUCACGCUCCCGGUGGCCUACGGCAAAGCCGCCGACGCGGCCCUGGGCGCGGCUUACGUGAUGCUGAGGAGGAAUUCCGGCAGAACAGAGCCAGAAGGGACCUCGGAGGUCUUCUAGUCCAUCCUCCUGAUCCAGCAGGAGGUGCUACGCUAUUCCGGACAAACGGCUGUCCAAUCUCUUCUUUAGAAACUUCCGGUGUUGGAGCAUUC